AUGGGUGUCAGUAACGUAGUGGCGAAGCCUGAAGUCGAAAAGUUCGUGACUGGAAGGUUAAGUUUUGAACGAUCGAAGGACAGUGAUGUCGACAAUGACAACGACAACGAUAACGAUAACGACAUUGAUGGGGACGCUGAAGGUGAUGGAGAAGGAGAUGGGGAAGAGGACACUACACGUAGGAAGAAACCCAUAAAAUAUAUUCAAAAUAGAACAAGAAGACAUGUGACAUUUGCGAAACGAAGACAUGGGAUCAUGAAGAAAGCAUACGAGUUGUCUGUUUUGACUGGUGCAAACAUCUUAUUGCUAAUAGAGUCGCAUAAUACGGGACUAGUGUAUACAUUUACUACCCCUAGAUUGGAACGGGUAGUGGUAGGUCAAGAGGGAAAGGAUUUGGUGAGGAGAUGUUUGGCAGAUUAG